UGUCGAAACCCAAAAACCAUAGGUGAGUUUUCAAGCCACCAACCUCACUUCUUUACAUGACAUUUGUAAACCAUUUCCACCCCAUAAUCUAAUCUGACCUUAUCUUUCUCCUUCUCCCCUUAAUUCCCUUCUCAAUCUUUCAUCUCACAAACUUUCUCAUCAAUUCUCUCUAAGAAAAAAAAAAACUACAACAUUUUCCUUUGACUCACAACCUCAAAAACAUGUCUGGUGGAGUUGGACCAACCGGCUGUGACAUCAGCCUACCAAAAGAACAAGAAGAAAUCGUUCACAAAGAACAACACGACCAAACUCUCAAGAACAAACCAACCACCAAACCACAAAACAAAGCUAGUUUCCUUUCCUUCCGACAACUCAAUUGUUUAGCCGUUGUUGUUGUCUUAUCCGCCAGUGGCAUGGUCAGUCCCGAAGAUUUCGCAUUCGUACUCUUCUCAAUCUUCUACAUCUACUUCAUCUCAAAAACCGCUUUUCCAUCUCUUCACCCUUCCAACGAACAACCGAUUUUCAGCCGACAAAACAAAAUCCUUAAACUCUAUGUCCUCCUAGGAGCAAUCAUUGGACUCUACGCUCCUAUAGCAUAUAUUCUACAUGGAAUAUUCGAAGGUGAUAAGAAAGGUAUAGCCGCAGCUACACCGCAUGUUUUUCUUUUGGCUAGUCAAGUUUUCAUGGAAGGUAUAGCUUUUUCCGAUGGAUUUUCGUCUCCAAUAAGAGCUUUUGUUCCUGUUAUGUAUAAUACAAGAAGGAUUUUUACUAUUGUGGAUUGGUUGAGAGAUGAGAUUUACAAGGUUGAUGAAGAACAUAGUGGCUCUUAUAGAAGGAUUUAUGCUGGAAGAGCACUUGCUGUGGCUAAUAUGGCUUUUUGGUGUUUUAAUUUGUUUGGGUUUUUGGUUCCUGUUUAUCUUCCUAGAGUUUUUAAGUCCUAUUAUUCUAGCCAAAAAGUUAAUUAAGGAAUAAUUAGGUAGCUAUAGAGUGUUGUUGUUUAUGUAUAUGUAUAUGUGUGUAUGUUUUGAUGUAUAAGGUCUUGUACCAUGAUUUUCUUGUUGAUUAGUGUAUGAUGUUUGUAUUGUAAUUAAGUAUGUUUGCCCAUAUAAAUAUACACUAUGUUGUUAUGA